AUGGAAUUUUAUUCUUUAAACAAAUUCUUAAAUUUAAGCUCAAUUUUUCUCAUAAUUUCACUCAAAACUGUUCUAUCACAUGAAGGAAGUCACACAUCUGGCCAUUCUUUCAACUUAUCGCAGCUUAACAUUCCUUCCAAAUCACCCAAAUUUACCCGGUCAAAUAAAUCUAAAAUCUUUAAAAUAGUAAAUUUCCACCGUGCGGGACUGGAAUCUCGUAAAAAAUUAUCUUUUCUGUACAAUAUAAACACCCCUCGAACUUACGACACAUUUGAAAAUAUAUUUAACACAACUGAAAAACAUGUUAAAGGCCUGUGUAUGACAAGGAAGGUGAGGUAUGGUUACAGGUACAACUCUGAAAAGGUCCGUAAAAAGGGCACUGUGCGGAGUAAGAUUUACUUUGACAUGUGGAAGGACAAGAACCCUUACUACGUAAUUCAUAAAUUUUUAUACGAAAAUGACCCUGACAACAAGAACUUUAACUACGACAUUGACUUGGCCCGGAAAGUCAAGUGUAAAAGGAACAUUUUCGCCCAUUACAAGAAGGACAACAAGCUCAGGUUUUUCUGGUACGCCUCGCGGAAAAACUACGCCAAAGGACCCGUCAGUAGAUAUAUUAACUUUGCUCUUGAUAGGAAUGAGUUCAGGUUCAGUAAACUCCACAGCUAUUUCCACAUCCUACCCUACGUACACCAACACUACAAAGAUGACCCCAGGUACAUCUACUUCAUGAACCGGUUCCUCGGAAGACACGGCAGAAUCGCACAGUUUAAACGGAUGCUCAGGGGGAUCUCCGAUAACACUACUGAUUCCAGUGGUAACACUACUGUAAACUCUGGUAAUAAUGUAAAUAGUGCUGAGAGUGCUGGUACGGAGGAUAGUCCAGAAGCAGCAAAUAAUACUAUAAAGAAAUGGUACAGUAGAGACAUAACGUGGAAAGAAGUAAUAGCAAAGGGUAAAAGGGAGGAGGAGGAGUUGUAUAGUAAAUUUUCAGCGGAUCCAAUUAGGAUAGACUUGGGCAAUGGCAGGAGUUUCACGGUGAAGCCAGACGGUUUCAAAGUGCACGGCGAGUACUAUUCCAAGAUCAAUAAGAAGAACAGAGCCACUCCUUAUGAUAUUUAUAGUCCGUUUCUACGUACUAAACACUCUUCGAGACGGAGAAGGUACCGCGAGAAGAUCCCACUGGACCCCAGUCUAAGGUUUAAAACCAGACGCGAACGCAUCCUACACAACGCCAAAAACAGAAAUGUCAAAGAUUUCAUACAAAAAUACAUCAAAAAACCGCCAAAAAAAUAA